AUAAAAAGUUUGCAAAAAAAUAAAGUCAAGUAUCAAAGGCAAAGAUCAGACCGAUAUAUUUAAUAUCCAUUUAGAAAAGAUUUUUAAUAGAAAAUAAUAAUCUAUUAAUAUAUCAAGUGCAAAAAUUAUGGUGCAUUGACAUAUGAGCAUGCGCGAUCCUGUUUGUAGCUUAUUUAUCGUGUUGUUAAUUAUAUAUAGUACAGUCUUGACACGCAACUAUAGACAUUAUAUCCACACAGUUACUGUCAUAUUUAGUAUGCGUCAAAGGUUUGUAGAAGGUAGUCUGUCUUAAUGCUUCUUCGUCGAUUGAAUUGCAUCUCGUAUUGGAAUAAAUUUUUGUCAUGAUGAUACAAGCAAAAAUAAUGUCUUCCUUUUUAUGGAAAAGAUUUAAUUAUUGUUUACAACCAAGACAAUUAAUGAAUAGACAAAAUAUGGCUAUUAUGCUAAUAACUCCUAGAUUAUUGUCCACUUGUGAGAUUACUAAGAAUAUAAAAUUUAUCUCCCAUGAUAAUGACAUUAGAAUAUCAAAAUAUACAGUGAAAACUUCUAAUUCAUCAGAAAAACGACCUUUGCUAGUUUUGAUUUGUUGGCUUCUAGCUAAAGAGAAACACUAUAUGAAAUUUACUGAUUUGUAUUUACAACACGGAUUUGAUGUUACGAUAGUAACUAUCACUCCAUGGCAGCUUAUGUGGCCUGAAAAAGGAUCCAGAAUAAUUGCAGCAGAUUUGUUGACAUUCUUAGAAGAAAAUCAGGAUUAUCAACAAAUUAUGCUGCAUGGAUUUUCUGUGGGUGGCUAUUUAUGGGGCGAAGUUUUAACUUAUGUACAUAGCAAUCGUGAAAAAUAUAAUAAUGUUAUUGAUAGAAUUAUUGGUCAUGUAUGGGAUAGUGCUGCAGAUAUUAGUGAAUUUGUUAUAGGCACGCCACGUGCUAUAUUUCCUAAUAAUCCUUUGUUGCAAUCUAUAAUACAAAAAUAUUUAAUCUAUCAUAUGAAAGCAUUUUACAAGCAAUCUACACAGUAUUACCUUCGCUCUAGUCAGAUGUUUCAUACAAAUUUAAUACGGAGUCCAGCACUUUUUCUUGUAAGUAAUGUAGAUCCUGUGGGACCAGUAAGUAGUAAUAUGAGGGUAAGAGAUUCAUGGGAUUCCUUAGGUGUAAAGACUUAUGUCAAAAUAUUUGAUGGAUCACCCCAUGUAGGACAUUAUCAGAAAUAUCCAAAAGAAUAUAAAGCAGAACUUCAUGCAUUUUUAGGGAUGUUAAACUUAAUCAAAAAUAAAGGUAAAAUUACAGCCCAAGGCUAAACUGAAAUAGAUUAUUGAAUAUUAAUAUUAUUAAUAUCUUUAUAUUCAUCUAUGUCUAUAUGAUAUAUACCAUCAAUUGUUAUUUAGUAUCCAUAUAUACAAUUUACUAAUAUUAUUUUUGCUAUGUCACUUUAAAAAUCAAUCAAUUUAAUAGAUAAUCAAUCUAAUAUAUAAAAAUUCUUACUUUUUAAAAAUAAGAAGUAUAUAUAAUCUCAUUAAUAGAAUAUAUUGUGUAUCGUCUAUAGAGAGUAAAAUGAUCAUAAUUACUUAAGGCGAAAGGAUACAUUAAAAUAAUAAGUAUUUCCGAGACUGAA